AAAUUUUCAAUGAUUCAUUCUCUUUGUGAGAAACAAGAUUUUUUAAAAAAAAAAUGCGUAGGCUUCGCCAUUUCCCGCCAGUAAGAAGGAAUCGAGGGUACUCAUUUCGAGGAUUUCUUCGCCUUCUCUUGAUCCUCUCGUUUUUAGGGUUUCUUGCUCCAAUUUACUUUCACUUUAGAUUAAGGCGCACUUCUCAGAUGCGAUCAAGAAUGUGUGGUUGGAUAGAAAAUCCUCCUCUUGUCUGUGCUCAUGGAGGGGAUUCAAGCAAGGCUUUUCCAAACACAAUGGAGGCAUACCGUAUCGCUCUUGAUUCACAAGUAGAUUGUAUUGAGAUUGAUGUGUCUCGUUCACUGGAUGGAGUUUUGGUUGCACUUCAUGAUAGGGACUUGCAGCGCUUAUCUGGUAAUGCUACUGCGAAAGUUGGGUACUUCAGCAUGAAUGAGAUAAAUAAUUUAGAUGGGGCAUUUACAUUCUCAAAGAAGAGUCAGAAACAUACGGUUCCUAUGGUUGAGGAUGCUUUAAAGGUUGGAGGAGUAAUUGACAGGUGCUUUAUGAAUUUUGUAUCCAGAUCAGUUAAGCAAGUCAUUGUAGAUGCAAAAGUUGGCCCUCCUUUGCAUGAGAAGGGGCUGGCUGCAGACAUACUAUCCAUUGUAAAUAAAACCCAGUGUAUAAAUUGUGUAAUAUGGGCCAAGAGCGAUACUUUGGGAAGAGAUGUUAUUAGACUAUCCCAGGAUAUUAUGGUGGGUUAUAUUGUAAUGAAUGAUCUAUCAACUGGAGCUAGGACAAGCCUAUUGAGGAUGAGAGGUGCUAAAAUUGUUGGUGUCUACCAUCCCUUAAUCAAUGAGAGACUUGUAACAAUUUUGCACAGUGCAGGGAAGAAAGUAUAUGCUUGGACAGUUGAUGAUGAAGACUCAAUGCGCAGAAUGUUGUUUGAGCGUGUGGACAACAUCAUAACAGGCCAUCCCUCCCUCUUGCAGCAGGUGAUGUCUAAUGUUAAAACCCAAUGCCAGAGAGAGGGGUUCUCAUUAGACUGAUAUAUUCGAACAAGAGAGAGAUUGAGAGAUGGGGGGCAAAUAAGCAAGUUUAGGAUUCAUGGUUCUUAUGAAGGGAUGCUCACUGAGUCACUAUUUCUCUUUGCGUGCGUGUAUGAGAGAGGGAGAGAGAAAUAGAGAGAUCGAGCACUGAGUCACCAUUUAUGUCCGCACGUGUGUGUGAGAGAGAGAGAGAGAAAGAGAGAGAGAGAGGUGCAAAUGGAAGAGGGUUAAGGUGCUUGUUAGAGAGGUUUUUGUAAUCUAGGGAGGAUAAUACUUGAGUCUGGUUACAUUGAUUCUUGAGCCAUUCUGUUUAGGGUGUGGUUUGUAUAAGGCUUAGGCCUUAAAAAAGGCACACCUUCAAAUAGUGUCAAAAGAUG